AUGUUGCGCUGGCGGUUUCCGGCUACCUCCGUGGCAGGGGCAGGGGCGGCGGCGGCGGGGCGCGGAGAUGGUGCUGCUCACGAUGAUCGCCCGCGUGGCGGACGGGCUCCCGCUGGCCGCCUCCAUGCAGGAGGACGAGCAGUCAGGCCGCGACCUGCAGCAGUACCAGAGCCAGGCGAAGCAGCUCUUCCGCAAGCUGAACGAGCAGUCCCCCACGAGGUGCACUCUCGAGGCCGGAGCCAUGGCCUUCCACUACAUCAUUGAGAAAGGGGUAUGUUACCUGGUCCUAUGUGAAGCUGCAUUCCCCAAGAAACUGGCCUUUGCAUAUCUGGAGGACUUGCAUUCGGAGUUUGAUGAGCAACAUGGCAAGAAGGUGCCAACGGUCUCCAGGCCCUAUUCCUUCAUCGAAUUUGACACCUACAUCCAGAAAACCAAGAAGCUCUACAUUGACAGCCGGGCAAGGAGGAACCUGGGUUCCAUCAACACAGAGCUGCAGGAUGUGCAGAGAAUUAUGGUGGCCAACAUUGAGGAAGUCUUACAGCGAGGAGAAGCGCUCUCAGCUCUUGAUUCCAAGGCCAACAACUUGUCCAGUUUGUCCAAGAAGUACCGUCAGGAUGCGAAGUAUCUGAAUAUGCGUUCCACUUACGCCAAGCUUGCGGCUGUAGCUGUGUUUUUUAUCAUGUUGAUCGUCUAUGUGCGAUUCUGGUGGCUGUGAACUGGUUACAGUUGCUGAAGAGGGAAAGCCUGUAGCCUGGCAGGUGUAUGUGUGCAGGACACUGUUCACGGGGAUGUGCAUUAGAAUCCACAUAGGACCAUCACCUUUAUGGGAAUGUCCUGAAGGCGUUAGGUGACACCUGAGUACUACACCUCUUAGUGAAUCCUAACCAUAGGUAUAAAGGCUUGUUGACUGCAGGCUUCUCCUCUGAGAGCGUUUGCACUAGAGGACUGUAGUUUGACCUCCCGAAGUUCUGCACCCCUCCUAGGGGUGAGCUCUGGGAACAGUCAAUCAGUACAGUUUAGCAGAAUCAUGCUGUACAUCCUCCUGUUGAGUAGCUCUAGUGGGAACUGGACUCUAAUGAACAUUCCUUGUGUUGGCAAUGUUUUCUUUUCUAGAAUCUGGGUCUGCAGUUGUUGGGUUUUUUUUUAAAGACAAGACUCCCUGUCUGAAGGCAAGUUCUGCACUGUACAUAUUGUAGUAGCUUUCACCUCUGUUGAACUAGCUAUUGUUGAGUUUUUCUUGUCUGACAACUUUGCUUGUUACACUUUCAAUUAUUUUAGGAACAAAUGGAUGUUAAAUUAUGCCUUAAAAAUAUAUUCUGGCUAGUACUAGGAGAGGCAGUGAAACUAUUAAUUAAUUCCUACAAAAUUAAACUACAGGUUUGUAAGUGUCCGCUUUCCCUCUCCUGACAGCUAUGUAUGAGAGUUUGUUUCCAUGUGAUUAAGAACAGGGUACUUAAUUCAAAUGCUCUUGGAGCAGGCACAGUGCAGACAAUGUCAGCACUCUUUUUUUUUCCCCCUUCUAUCUGCAGAUUCACUACAUUAUUUCCUUCCUGUUUGUAACUGUGCUUUCCAAAACACAUCAAAGCUGCCAUCUCUAGGAUGCUUAUUUUCUUUCCCCCUCUUUCUUUCACCCCAAAAAACCAAAAAACCCAAAACUUUGAAUGUUGUUGUGAAGAAAAGGCAGUGUUUCCUUAAUGAAUGUUUUAGCUUUACGUGAAGGAUUCAGGAUAACAACUUUAAAUCCUUUGGAAAUGCCACCUUUUUUUCCUGUUUUCACCCUCUCCCUACCUCACUUGGAAAGCUGAAACUGUAGCUGAAGGAAAAACUCACUGUGGGGCAAUGGUGUAUAACUUCUUAUUUCUCAUGGGCCAAUGUGUAUAGUUCCACUAUAAUGUGAUUUUUGUCCACCUGUGCAAGAACUAACACUUUAUCAGUCUGCCAUUUUUAAAAAACAAAACCUGCAGCUCAGGCCUUUUCGCUCUUUUCUGCACUCAGGUGCCUGUUUCUGCCACUAGGCAGGAAACGGGCACUGUCACAGAAGGAAAUUUCAGGGCUCCCCAGCACCUUUUAAAAGCACAUAAUCUUGUGCAAUUCUGGACAUAAUUAUGACCGAAAGUGUUUCCUGCCACUGGGUAGGAAACAAGACACUCUUGUCCUGGCUGGGAGCACUACCCAGCUUGGCUCCUCUUUGGACUAGCAGGGAAGCAGUUGGCACUUGUCCACCACUGAUGAACCUAGCAACUCUGCUCUGCCACCUGGUCUCAAAUCGUCUGAUUUCUGCAUGAUACUUCCACGUGUUGCUUUGAUUGUUGUAUUAUUUUUUAAUCUUAUAAGUUGUGUCCCUAACAGGUGAAUGUCCCAGUGAUGUAGGUCUGUGUGUAAUGUAGGUCUUGAAAGGUGAGCAGACGCUGACCGUGCCUGGAUUGCCAUGACUUGAAGGGAGUGAUGCUUCUGCAGUUAACGGCAGCCCCGUGAGCAGCUGCCUGCUGCAGCGCCAGUGUCAGCAGUGAAAUAAACGCUUCCAAAAAAUCC